GACAUAUGGAGGCAAUUGCACCGAGGAAGGCAGUUCGCCUUGGGCAGUCUACGAACUCUUAACUUUGUCCUGUGCGAAGACUAAGUGGCUACCGUCAGAACAGAGCAGUGUGUUAGCUGCUGAUGUACGUAGUGUUGCGUGGUCCGACGUACCUGGGAUUGACCGAUAUUGUGAUGAGUGUGUUGUUGGAGGCGGCGGCCAUCUUGGUUGUGUGGGCAGACGCUGCCGGCGGCGUGGGAAGCAGCACCUGCAACGCCUUGUUCCCCAGGGACCAGCAGAGCCAACCAGUUUACCUCCCAGCGAUUAUGCAGUUCGAGCAAGGCGCCUUCCGGAGCUGGGAGAGCCAGUGGGAGGUAGUGACGGCGGAGGGAGAAGAACCGCUGGCCUGCCUGGAGGUCGCUGGAGCUACUUUGUUGACAUCCGUCCGGUUGGCUGCAUCCGGCUGCGACGUCGUCAGCGGCUGGGAACAGACGGCAGAGUACCCGCCGUUUGUACCGGGAGAAGGACAGUGGCAAAAUGUGUUCUCCCUAUUUGUCACCUCCUCCGACGGAUCCUUCAGCGUUGAUCUUAACCGACGUCCGGAUUACGCCGUCAUUCAGAGACUCGUGACACCAACCGAAAGCAACGACUUGCCACAAGACCAAGUUCCACCAACAGCUGUGGGCAUCAGGAGAGUCAACAUGACGCACGGCGGACCUAAAGUUAAAUUCCCCGCCGUGUGGCGUCACGGGAAGUGUCUGGGCGUGGCCGACUGUUACAAUGGCUGGGCUUACCUGAGCCUCCAGCCCACAGACACGGCCUCCCUGGCUCACAUGCCAGGGGAAGACAUCAUAGAAGUCAAGAUCUCGCUGUCGAACUGCUUCCCAGACUACCUGAUUGGCGUCCACCGCAUUCCGGCCGCCACUAACAGCACCUCCUGGAGCCUGGCGGUGCGGUACAGGCGGGAAGGUCGCUACCACAGCCUCACAGCCACACUGGACGGCGCCACGACGCUCUUCUCCACCACAGUGGAGCAUCAUGGCCGCGACUGUUCCGGCAGCUGGUUCCUGCUGGGGGUCAGAGGCGCCAAGAUAUUCCCAAACUGCUACAGCGACUCUGUCGUCCACCCCGUCAUGCUCUUCUCCCGCUCCUCAGCCUCUAUGCUCAAUGGACUCUAUGCUCUGUACGCCCUCAUGCUGCUCUGUCUUAUGCUCUAAUAUAUGACAGUGAAACCCUGUCUCUGGAUUUGCCACUCCGUAAAAAAUGCAACUGUCUUCCCUAGCCGUAAACGUAAAAAAUCAAAACAAUCAAUCCUAUCUAACAAUCAAUCUAUCCUAACCCAAGCAUCUAUCCUAUCAACCUAACCAAUCGAGGCCGAUGAAGACACGUCAAUAUUAGCAUGCUUUCAUUUAUAUUAUUAUAUGUCGCAUGUCUAACGGACUGGUCGGUCGGUCUAAACAACGCCAAUUGAUGAUAAAAAGAUGAAAUUUAGUGGGUUAUACCUAGCCGCGGGUGAUACUUUACCUGAAUUUACCUGAGGGCUACUAUAUCUAGUAGCCCCGACGGGGACAGGCAGCCCUGAGGGCCACCAUCUCUAGUGGCCUCGACGGGGACAGGCAGCCCUGAGGGCCACCACCACUAGUGACCCCCGGCGGGGGACAGGAAGCCCUGAGGGCCACCAUCUCUAGUGGCCUCGACGGGGACAGGAAGCCUGCUAAUAUUGUCUUAUCCAGUUAAUUAUCAGCGGAAGAAAUGUCUCCGACAUUUACGGCUUCAGCGGCAAAGUCUCACAGUAACUGACUGAAUGUUUAACAUUUUCUGCAAGUGUGAGUGUCCAAAAAUUCUAGUCAUAUAAUACAUACAUAUAUAUAGA